AUGGGAGGGGAGCAGGGGAUCAGUCUCGAGGAGAUCAAGAACGAGACCGUUGAUCUGGAACGGAUUCCCGUAGAGGAAGUGUUCGAACAGCUGAAAUGUACCAGGGAGGGUCUCUCGGCGGAGGAGGGAGCGAACCGGCUCCAAAUCUUCGGUCCCAACAAGCUCGAAGAGAAGAAGGAAAGCAAAAUCCUCAAGUUCCUGGGAUUUAUGUGGAACCCCCUCUCCUGGGUCAUGGAGAUGGCCGCUAUCAUGGCUAUUGCCUUGGCCAACGGUGGCGGGAAGCCCCCAGAUUGGCAAGACUUCGUGGGAAUCAUUGCGCUGCUUGUGAUCAACUCCACCAUCUCUUUCAUCGAAGAGAACAACGCCGGCAAUGCGGCGGCCGCCCUCAUGGCUGGCCUCGCUCCAAAAACCAAGGUCCUCAGAGGUGGCGUCUGGAGUGAGCAGGAGGCUGCCAUUCUGGUUCCCGGAGACAUCAUCAGCAUCAAACUGGGAGACAUCAUCCCGGCCGACGCACGGCUCCUCGAAGGAGAUCCUCUGAAGGUCGAUCAAUCCGCGCUGACCGGCGAAUCCCUCCCCGUCACCAAGAAUCCGGGAGACGAGGUGUUCUCUGGUUCCACAUGCAAACAAGGUGAGAUCGAGGCCGUCGUCAUCGCCACCGGAGUUCACACCUUCUUCGGGAAAGCGGCCCACUUGGUGGACAGCACCAACCAAGUCGGGCAUUUCCAGAAGGUCCUGACGGCCAUCGGUAACUUCUGUAUCUGCUCGAUCGCUGUCGGGAUCGUUGUCGAGAUCAUAGUCAUGUUCCCGAUCCAGCACCGCAGGUACAGGGACGGAAUCGACAACCUCUUGGUCCUUUUGAUCGGAGGAAUACCGAUCGCUAUGCCGACCGUCCUGUCGGUGACCAUGGCCAUCGGGUCUCACAGGCUCUCACAGCAAGGUGCCAUCACCAAGAGGAUGACUGCGAUCGAAGAGUUGGCAGGCAUGGACGUCCUCUGCAGUGACAAAACCGGGACACUUACCCUCAACAAGCUCAGUGUCGACAAAAACCUGAUCGAGGUGUUUACGAAAGGAGUAGAUAGAGAUUAUGUACUCCUAUUGGCAGCCAGGGCAUCGAGGACCGAGAACCAGGAUGCUAUCGACGCCGCCAUGGUUGGGAUGCUUGCUGACCCCAAAGAGGCAAGAGCUGGCAUCAGGGAAGUGCAUUUCCUCCCCUUCAACCCUGUGGACAAGAGGACUGCUCUUACUUAUGUCGAUGGUGAUGGCAACUGGCACCGAGCGAGUAAGGGGGCUCCUGAACAGAUCAUGGACCUUUGCGGCUGCAGAGAGGAUGUCAGGAAAAGGGCUCACUCUGUGAUCGACAAAUUUGCCGAACGCGGGCUUCGGUCGCUGGCUGUUGCAAGACAGGUUUAUGAUUGUAAUCAUUAUCGGUACUCUUUUGGCAUAAUGAAUACCAUGUUCCUUAUAUUACUGGUCUUAACUCCUUGGCAGGAAGUUCCUGAGAAAAGCAAGGAGAGUGCAGGGGGGCCAUGGCAAUUUGUUGGCUUGUUGCCUCUCUUCGAUCCUCCAAGGCAUGAUAGUGCAGAAACCAUUCGCAGGGCUCUCCACCUUGGUGUGAAUGUGAAGAUGAUUACAGGUGAUCAGCUUGCGAUUGCUAAGGAGACCGGCCGAAGGCUCGGGAUGGGAACAAACAUGUACCCAUCCUCUUCACUGCUUGGUCAACACAAAGAUGAUUCUAUUGCUGGACUUCCAGUAGAUGAAUUGAUCGAAAAGGCUGAUGGGUUUGCUGGAGUUUUUCCUGAGCAUAAAUACGAAAUCGUGAAGAAGUUGCAGGAAAGGAAGCACAUAUGUGGAAUGACCGGAGAUGGUGUGAAUGAUGCCCCAGCGUUGAAGAAAGCAGAUAUAGGAAUUGCUGUCGCCGAUGCCACUGAUGCUGCUAGAGGUGCUUCUGACAUAGUCCUCACGGAACCUGGACUCAGUGUCAUCAUCAGUGCUGUUCUUACCAGCAGAGCCAUCUUCCAGAGAAUGAAGAACUACACUAUCUAUGCAGUUUCAAUCACCAUUCGUAUUGUGCUUGGGUUCAUGCUUAUUGCACUAAUAUGGAAAUUUGACUUUUCGCCUUUCAUGGUUUUGAUCAUUGCCAUCCUUAAUGAUGGUACAAUCAUGACCAUAUCAAAAGACCGAGUGAAGCCAUCUCCGUUACCAGACAGCUGGAGAUUGAAAGAGAUUUUCGCUACUGGUAUAGUGUUUGGUAGUUAUUUGGCACUGAUGACUGUCAUCUUCUUCUGGGCUAUGAGAGAGACUGACUUCUUUCCGGAUAAAUUCAAGGUCAAACCAUUGAGGAACAGUCCAGACCGUGACCAUGAAAUGAUGGCUGCAUUAUAUUUGCAAGUCAGUAUUGUGAGUCAGGCUCUCAUAUUCGUCACCCGGUCUCGCAGUUGGUGCUUUCUUGAACGCCCUGGGCUUCUUCUAGUCAGUGCUUUUAUGAUUGCUCAACUUGUUGCAACUCUCAUUGCGGUCUAUGCCGACUGGAGUUUUGCAAAAAUUAAAGGCAUCGGUUGGGGCUGGGCUGGAGUGAUCUGGCUUUACAGUAUUGUUUUCUUUGUCCCGCUUGACUGGUUCAAAUUUACCAUUCGCUACAUUCUAAGCGGAAAGGCUUGGGAUAAUCUCAUAGAGAGGAAGAUCGCCUUCACCAGUAAGAAGGAUUAUGGUAGAGAGGAGAGGGAAGCUCAAUGGGCUACAGCACAGAGAACACUUCAUGGCCUCCAACCUCCAGAAACUAGGACUCUUUUCCAUGAAAAGAGCAGCUAUCAUGAGCUCUCAGAAAUUGCUGAGCAGGCCAGACGGCGAGCAGAGGUUGCAAGGCUAAGAGAGAUGAACACUCUAAAGGGUCAUGUAGAAUCCGUGGUUAAGCUGAAGGGGAUCGACAUCGACACUAUCCAGCAGAGUUACACAGUGUAGUGGAAAUUUGUGUGAAGGAAAAAGGCUUGGAUGAACUAGUGGGCGUUUAAGGGAAGCAGAGACCGUUUACGAUUUGAAGAAACAAGUAGAAAUUAUGUCUGUACGUGAUGUAGCGAGUGCAAUAUAAUUCUAGGUCUAUUUAUCUUAGCAAGUUACGUUCAGUUUCCUUGUCUUCUCACAACGAACAGCGCGGAUAGAGGAUGCAAAUUAUGCUAAUCUGCUGCUCCUUUAAGAUUCCUUUUCUUUUUUUUUUUUUCUUUUUUUUGGAUGGGAGAUGGGGGGUGUGAAAAGCUAAAACUUUUGCUUACAAGAAAGAAUAUACUUCAGUUUCUAAACUUA